AUCUCUUGAAGGUUGCUCGCUAUCUGGGUCUAUACCAUAUAGCCUGGGGAAAUUGUCAGCUUUAAAAGAACUCAAUCUAAGCAGAAACUUUCUGAAGGGCUCCAUCCCUACAUCUUUGGGAAAUUUGCGAUCCCUGAAAAAUUUGUCUCUGUGUUACAAUCUAUUAUCUGGUCAAAUUCCUCAUGAAUUGGGCAAUCUCUCUAAUCUUGAGAUAAUGGAAUUGCAAGAGAAUAAUCUCAGAGGUCAUCUUCCAUCAGAACUUGGAAGCUUGAGCAAGCUCCAACACCUUGACUUGGGUUCAAACAGGUUAGCUGGAGAGCUGCCCAAAAGUUAUGCCAAGCUUACCUCUUUGAGAACCUUUGUUCUAGCUGGAAACAAUUUCACUGGCCAGAUACCAAAGUUCAUUACAACUUGGCCAAUCUCACUGAACUGAAUCUAAUUGGAAAUGAAUUUGAGGGAGGGCUACCUCUCGAAAUUUUUAAUUCAAGCACUCUUAUUAAGUUGUGGGUUAGUGAUAUAAGGAACUCCAAUGUCUCUUUCCCAGAAAAAGCAACUCCAAAUCUUUCUGAAUUGGUAUUGAGGAAUUGCUCAAUAACUGGUCAAAUUCCCGAAUAGAUUGCUUAUUCGACUGCAUUAAAAUACCUUGAUUUGAGCUUCAACAAAUUAACUGGUGGGAUCCCAUAUGUUUCGACAUACACAGAGAAAAUGUUUCUCACCAGAAAUAUGCUUAACGGGUCGAUCUUUUCCAUAGGCGUUUCUCGUGCCGACGUAGACAAUUAUGAACUGGAUUUUUCAUAUAACAAUUUUACAUAUCCGUCAAGCGACAAUUCCAUUAAAGAAGAGUUAUAUGCAGUCCAGCCAAACAUUGAACCAAACAGGUAUGAUCAAUGACAUAUACUUUAUGUUACUAGAUCAAUAUGAUCCUAAAUUCUUUUUCACGUGUCAUGAAUAUGGGCUUCUCUGUUCACCCCCCCUCCUCCUAGGAAUACUAUGCAUGAUUUGAGAGAGAAGUAUUGUAAGGGGAAAUCCUUAUACUCUAGCUUGUUCAUAAAUUGCGGUGGCAUGGAAACUGUUGUUGAGAAAAUUCAAUAUGAUGGAGAUAAUGCAACAUCAAAUUUUUAUAUAGAUCGCAAUGCAAAAUGGGCUUAUCUUUGUUCCGGAGAUUUCUUGUCAGAAAGUGCCAAUUCAAGUGAUUACAUAAGAAACACUACGUUCGGGAUAUUUGAUACUGAGGCACCAUUGUACAAAAAUGCUCGAUACUGUCCUCUCUCUCUCUCUUACUAUGGCUUCUGUCUGACGAGAGGCAAUUACACUGUGAAACUUCACUUUGUCGAAAAUAUUUAUGCCAAUGAUGAUGACCACAGUAGCUCAGGUGAACGUAUUUUCGAUUUGUAUAUUCAGGGGGAAAGAAGACUAAAGGAUUUCAACAUAAAAGAAAAGGCAAAUGGUCCAAAUAAACCAUACACUGCGGUGAUGCCUACUUUUAUAGAUGACAAUCUAUUAGAGAUCCAUUUAUUUUGGGCCGGCAAAGGAUCUCUACACAACACGCCAGGUCUCAAUGGACCCCUUAUAUCAGCCAUCUCUAUAAUCCCAAAUUUCACAGUCGACGGAGAGAGAUUCUCUCCUCCACAGAUAGCAGGGAUUUCACUCAUUACAUUAGAUGUUGUAUUGGCCCCAUUGCUUGUUUUGGCUUUCAUGUGGAAGAUGGGCUGGUUGGGAAGCAAGGAGUUGCAAGAAAUUCACAUAGACAUCCAAGACAAAUCUUUCACUCUCAAACAAAUAAUAGAUGGUACUCGAAAUUUUAGCCCCAAAAUGGAGAUUGGCAGAGGGCGUUAUGGGAUAGUAUACAAGGCUGAACUUCCUGAUGGGAUUAAAUUAGCAGUCAAGAAGAUUUCUCCUGACAUAAAUAAGCAAGUAAAAGAUGAAUUGAAAAGUGAAAUUUUCAGCCUGAAAUCAUUACGGCAUGAAAAUCUGGUUCAGUUGUUCGAUGGCUAUUGCAAUAGGAAAGGCCUUUAUGUGCUAAUAUACGAGUACAUGCAAAACGGUUCCCUUCAUCAAGUCUUGUUUGAUCCAAAUUUCAGAACCAUUCUUGAUUGGAAAGUGAGAUAUGAUAUAUGCUUGGGGAUUGCUAAAGGUUUGAGGUAUCUGCACGAGGAAAAAAGAUUCGAUAUUGUUCAUGGAAAUAUAAAAGCCACAAAUAUUAUGCUGGACCAAUCUUAUACGGCUAAGUUAUCGGACUUGGGCAUAGCAAGGCUUUGUGGCGAGGAAGAUCUAUUCCUUUCUAUCGUCAAAGCAAGAGCAGCAAGAGUAUAUAUGGCACCUGAGUAUGCAAGGGGAGAAGUCAUAACCGUUAAAGCAGAUGUUUACAGUUUUGGAGUUGUUCUACUUGAAAUUGUGAGUGGGAAAAUCAGUGCAGACCAUACGCAGAAUCGGGAAGUUGAUUUUCUUCUUGACAAGGCUUGGGUUUUGCAUAAGAAGAACAGGAUUUUGAAUUUGGUUGAUAACAAGUUAUCCAAUUAUGAUAGGAAGCAAGCCUUCAUUGUGCUUAACUUAGCAAUCAUGUGCGUCAAUCAGUCUGCUACUCUCAGGCCUACAAUGUCUGAAGUUGUGGGUGUACUUUCCAACGAAAUAACCAUUGAUCAGAUUUCCAAAGCCAACACUUCUUAAUUAGCAUAUUUUAGAGGUUCUAAAAUUUCCCCUUUUGAGUAAUAAUCAUGUGCUGGUGUUAAAUAAAUGGAAUUGCUAUGUAAAUUUCUUGAUCGAUUUAUCUAUACAUAUACACAUAGAUAAGUCUUUAUAUUGCAUAUUUAUAUUAAUUUUAUCGUGAUUUUCUUAUAUUGCGGUUUUGGCAUGGA